AUGGCGCAAACGCCCAGGAGCACCGUCGGUACGGUGAAGUCUUGGAACAGUCGUUACAGCAACUGGACCGACGAGUCUUAUAAUCUAUCUAAUCAGGGUCAACUCGAAGAGGUCGAACAGGCUAAGAUACGACCUCAAACCAACGAAGAAUUCCCCUGGCUUUCACAAGAGUUUGAACCGAUUCGAGUACCCAACACCAGAACUCGAAGCCCGCCACAAUGGUAUCGAGAAGGACAGGAAUUCAACAGAGGGACCUCACAACGGUCUCAACGAAGCCAACGCAGCCAGCGAAGCGUUCCUCGAGAGAGUAUCGUUGAUCUUCACUUGAUCGUCUCCGAUCUCGAUUACUAUGCCGGUGCCGUCCACGAUUAUCAAGCCGAAGAGGAGGCACUUUGUGAGGAGGAAGAGUUGGAUGAAGAGCAAAAAGUGGGAGACCGGCCCAGCAAGCCAGGUCAGGAGGGCAGCAACUUUGGCCAGAUUCAAAUCAUCCGCAAUGCAUCGAAGAUGGGUAGGAACGGUACUCUCAAACGAAACCAUUCGAGCAAAUCGACCAAGGAAAAGGACAUCAACCUCGUCACCUGGGAUGGUCCUGACGAUCCUGAGAAUCCUAAGAACUGGACUAAGAAAAAGCGAUGGCUUGCUACGAUCACAGUCUCGUUGUUCACAUUCAUCUCGCCAGUCUCCAGUUCCAUGAUUGCUCCAGCCCUUGAGAAGGUUUCUGCGGAGUUGCACAUUGGCAGUAAAUUCGAAGGUCAGCUCGCGAUGUCAGUCUUCAUUCUGGGUUUCGCUCUUGGCCCGCUGUUCCUUGGACCGCUGUCAGAGCUCUUCGGCCGACGGAUGAUUCUCAUGCUCAGCAACAUGUUCUACCUGAUCUUCAACCUUGCUGGUGGAUUCUCUCAGAACGCUGGCGAGAUCAUUGCUUUCCGUUUCUUGUCUGGUCUUGGAGGUAGCGCACCCCUCGGUAUUGGUGGUGGUGUGCUUGCAGAUAUCUGGCAACCGACAGAACGUGGACGUGCCAUGGCCCUGUACUCUCUGAUGCCUCUUCUGGGUCCUGCGAUUGGCCCUAUCGCUGGUGGUUUCAUCGCACAAUACUCUACCUGGCGAUGGGUGUUCUGGUCGACUACCAUCGGCGCGGCAAUCAUUCAAGUUAUGGGCAUCUUCUUCCUGCAAGAGACGUACGCCGCUGCCAUCCUCAGCAAGAAGAAGAGGAUGCUCAUCAAGAUCACUGGCAACAAGGAUCUCCACACCGAAUUCGACAACCCAUCUCGCAGCUUCGCCAACCACAUUGGGGUUGCAUUCAAACGCCCAUUCAUUCUCCUCUUCACGCAACCCAUCGUCCAAGUCCUAGCUCUCUACAUUGGCUACGUCUACGGCGUCCUCUACCUCGUCCUGGCCUCCUUCCCACAAGUCUGGCUAUCAGUCUACGACCAACAGACAGGCAUCGCCGGUCUGAACUACAUCUCCCUCGGCAUAGGCUUCUUCAUCGGCACCCAGAUCGCGGCCAAAUUCGCCGACCGCAUCUACAAGAACCUCAAAGCGAAGAACAACGACCAAGGCCGCAGCGAGUUCCGCGUCCCGCUCAUGUUCCCCGGAGCAGUCAUGGUACCCAUCGGUCUCAUCAUCUACGGCUGGAGCGCCCAGUACAAAACCCACUGGAUCGUCCCCAACAUCGGGACGGCGAUCUUCGCGGCAGGCAACCAGCUGGUCUUCCAGAACUGCCAGACCUACCUCGUCGACUCAUACACUCGCUACGCCGCCUCGGCCAUCGCUGCGACAGCCGUCUUCCGAUCACUGGGAGGUUUCGCCUUUCCCCUCUUUGCGCCAUACAUGUACCAGGCGCUUGGUUAUGGCUGGGGCAAUUCGACACUGGCAUUCAUCGGUAUCGCGGUUGGAUUCCCCGCGCCGUUCAUUUUGUGGUGGUACGGCGAAAGCCUGCGCAAGAAGAGCACAUUCGCUGCGGGAUAG